AUGGCCGAAUGUGAUGUUUCCAAAACAGGAGAACGGAAUGGAACACAAAACCACACAGAACCUACCACAGAUGGGGAAAAUACAAAAGUUGAAAUAGUAGUUGAUGACAAGGAAAGAUUUAUUUACGACGUCUUCGAGAAUCCACCAAUACCCUUAACACUUGGAUUUGCUAUUCAGCAUGGACUUUUAUCGUUGUCAAGAAGUUUAUCAACAUCGUUACUGGUGGCAGACAUCUUGUGUGCGCGCGCAGAUGAAGCGUUGAAAGCUAAGCUUCUAAGCACGACAAUGUUUAUGUCUGGAUUAUGUACAUUCUUGCAAAACACGAUUGGUAUACGUCUGCCGCUUUAUCAAGGGCCUACCGCAACAUAUGUCACCCCUCUUAUUGCUCUCAUGUCGCUUCAAGCCUGGAGUUGUCCUGAAGAAGGCGAAGAUAUAGUUCCUAUGAAUGGUACGGACAAUGGUACGGAAGCUAUUUCAACACUGACUAAAAUCCAAAGGCUUGAAGGCAGUUUGAUGAUAGCGGGGGCCCUGCACAUGUUUGUUGGUAUGUUUGGUAUCGUUGGAUUGCUACUCAGGUUUAUUGGACCAAUCACCGUUGUUCCUGCAUUAACCCUUAUGGCGUUGUAUGUCUUCAGCGCUACUGUGAGAUUCGCAAAGGCUCAAUGGGGAAUUGCAGCAUUAACUGUUGCUGUUGCGCUUAUACUUUCGUUUUACCUGGCUAGAAGACGCACACCUAUACCCUGGUACAACCGGUCGCGAGGAUUCCAUAUCAAGUGGUCUCAUUUUCACAAAAUGUUCUCGAUUCUGAUUGCUACCAUUGUUGGGUGGGUAGUCAGCUGGAUUAUCACAGCAGCUGGAGGGUUUGAUAUGGACCCUGAUAGUCCAGAUUUCUACGCUAGAACUGACUCCCGCAUGUUCAUCAUUGAUGAUACAAAAUGGUUUAUAUUCCCAUACCCAGGACAAUUUGGGCGCCCAAGAUACGAAACUGGAGCUUUCAUUACAUUCCUCAUUGGGACACUUGGUUCUAUCAUUGACUCCAUUGGUGAUUAUUACGCAUGCGUGAAAGUGAUAGAAGCUCCGCCUCCGCCGAAACAUUCGGUCAAUCGUGGCAUUGCUGUCGAAGGUUUUAUGAGUUUUAUUGCUGGCUGGGCGGGGGCAGGACAUGCUACAUCAACUUUUGGUGGCAAUAUUGGGGCAGUAGGAAUAACAAAGGUUGCAAGUCUUAGAGUGUUCCAAGUACUUGGUCUGCUAUUUAUGCUACUGGGUGUUAUUGGAAAAGUAGGGGCGUUUUUCGUGACCAUCCCCUACUCGGUGAUUGGCGGGCUACAGGUCAUUAAUUUCGGAGUCCUUGCAGGAGUCAUGUUGUCCAACCUUCAGUUCAUUGACCUCAGUUCUAAACGUAACCUCUCCAUCAUUGGAAUUUCCAUGUUAGUUGCGAUGAUGUUGCAGCACUGGAUUAAAAGCACGAAGGACGCCAUAGAAACAGGCAUUGAAGAUCUGGAUAACACCUUCACAAUGUUGCUGGGCAAUCCGGUAUUUAUGGCAGGAAUUCUUGCCUGCUUCUUUGAUAAUACUAUGCCAGGAACCAGAGAGGAACGCGGUCUGACUGCCUGGCAGGAAGAACUAAAGGGUGGAGAAGACGAAAGUUCAAUUGAAAAGAUACCAAUAGCAGACGAGAUUAGACUCAAGAAGCUAAGAAAGACAAUCUAUGUUGUCCCAUACUUCAACAAAGUUCUGAGGCGCCUCCGUGGUAUAGGAUACCUGCCAAUUUGUCCUAGAUACGACCCAAAACUUGAAGACUAGUGGCUGGUACUGGAUUUCUGCUAAUUUUGUCCAGAUAUUUGAUUCUAAACAUGAAGACUAGUGGCUGAUAAUGAAUUUCUGCUAAUUUUGUCCCGAGAUGUGAUCCUAAACAUGAAGACUAGUGGCUGGUACUGGAUUUCUGCUAAUUUUGUCCAGAUAUUUGAUUCUAAACAUGAAGACUAGUGGCUGAUAAUGAAUUUCUGCUAAUUUUGUCCCGAGAUGUGAUCCUAAACAUGAAGACUAGUGGCUGGUACUGGAUUUCUGCUAAUUUUGUCCAGAUAUUUGAUUCUAAACAUGAAGACUAGUGGCUGAUAAUGAAUUUCUGCUAAUUUUGUCCCGAGAUGUGACCCUAAACAUGAAGACUAGUGGCUGGUACUGGAUUUUUGCUAAUUUUGUCCCGAGAUAUGAUCCUAAACAUGAAGACUAGUGGCUGAUAAUGAAUUUCUUCUAAUUUUGUCCGAGAUAUGAUCCUAAACAUCAAGACUAGCGGCUGGUACUGGAUUUCUGCUAAUUCUAUCCCGAGGUCAAAAUCACAUUUGUUUCUAGCUAUAACAAAAUAGUGGUAUUUUGUUAGUUUUAUGGUUUGUUUUGUGUUAAAAUGAGAAGAUUUGCUUGUUUAAAAAUGUCCAAGACUUUUUAAUUGACUUUUAUAAAAUGAAUUGAUGCCGUAAGAUGGCUAAAUUAUAAGAUUACUUCUAUAAAUGUUUUUGAAAUUUCGUCUUUACAUUCACAAUAUAUUUGUGUUAAUUGUAAGUUGAAUUUCAGGCAUGUUAUUAAAGCAAUAUGGUUGUUGUUGCGUUAUAUAGGUUAGAAGAUUUCUUAAGUGCAUUGUUAAUGUGUGUUGUUGGGUCAAAGAAAUUUUUGAUUUCAGUUUGAAGGUCGAUGGUUGUAUGAUUGUAGGAAUUGAACAGUAUAAUCCAAUUCGGAAACUUAUCUGGUUUGCUAAUAGAUUUCUUCAAGUUUAGUUAUCAUCGGCUGGAAAGAUGCAAAUACUUCCUUGUUUAGCUAAAUCAAAUUGAAUGGAUGGACCAGCUUACUUUUUGGACAUGGGCAGUAAAACCUAUAUACCGUUUACGCUGAUACUGAGUUAUACUGCAAGUUUUAUUUAAAAAAAUGCCAUGUCAUUAAAAGGAUCAAGUUGACAAGUCAUAUUUGAUGUAUUUUAUAUAUUUUAUGCACUGUUUAUUUCAAAUUGAUAGAAAGGGUGGUACUUAACACGAGUAAGAUUUUAAUCGCUGUUUUUAUGUUAUUUUUAUGUUUUGUCAAUGAAAGCGCGAAUUAUGGCGUAAGUUACUAAGAUAGGUUGGAUCGCACACUGACGUACUUUGUGGUAGGCAAUAUACAUGAUGUAAAAUUAUACCUUAACAUGUUUAACCAGUUUCAAAUUAUAAUGAAAUGCAAUUUGUUCAGCUACUGGUGAAACAGGUUAAAUAUCUCAAAACAUGAAAUACGUUACGCUUAUCUGGUAGAUUUUCUAUUUUACUUAUAUGUUUGCCUGUUUUCCUUUUAAUUGUGCAAUUUCUGUGGCUACUAAAUUAAUUUCAGCAUUGAUCCACUAACCUGAUAGAUUCAAACUAGAUUAAUUAACAUAGACUUUUUGUUUACGUAAAACGGUAUAAACAUUGAAUAAUACUUUAGUGUCUUAUAUAAUUAUGUUGUCUAACAGAUGUGAUGUAUGCAGAGAAAUCCAUUUUAAGCUUUACUUUAUUACAUAUUUACUUAGAACAUAGAGUAAUAACAUGCGAUUGUCAAUAGAGAAUCGUUCAUUAAGUUUUGCCACAAUCGUAUAAUCAAUAUACGGAAAAUGUAAAGCCUGAAGAAUUGUGAACAAUUUCAAGGCAGAUUUAUUGCAUUUAUUUGUUAAAAAACAGGUUUAAGGUAUCAAAAUUGCUAUGUGAUUUUAGGCCUAAAAAUUCUUUGUUUCUGGUAACAUGCUCCAAAACAAAUGGGGUAGGAGAUCGGAUUUCUUUUAUUUUUGGAUUUUUUUUUAUUAAGUGAGACUUUUCGGAAAUUAUUUUUGUGUCAAAAAUGAAUACAGAUAAGCGGGUUAUGCCUUUAGUGCAUCAGUUAGUUGAUUUCUAACAUCACUGACCAUGUUUAAAGUAUAAAAAGUGCAGUUUUGAAAAAAAAAAUAACCAAGGCUAUAAAAACAUCUACGGUCGGGCCAAAAAUUUAGGGGAGGUCGGGAUACCGGAAAAAGAUUUUUGGGCCUUAUGCCGUACACCAGAUUCCUACGAUAUGUACAUCCAGCAUGUUUUAUUUUUCAGACAAUGCAUGUUUGGGAAAAGCUUUAUGAAUGACCUGUCUUCAUCUAGAUUAAUUAUUAUUUAUGAUAUAACCACAAUGUAUCGGUAGCUUUAGUUUGAAGUGUGAAGUACUUUAACCCGUUAUGAGAGUACUUCAAAAAGUGUUGCUGAGGAAAUAUGAAACAUGUUUGCCUUGACUGUCGCCCGAGAAUAAGUAUGAUAAUGCAUGUCUGCAUCUAAUUGUGUUUUCCAUUAGGAUGUCUUCAUUAGGUCUUGUGAAUAAAAAAUGUUGAUUAUCGUCAUAAUACCACAGAUUUUAAAACGUGGUGUAAAUAAAAGAUAACCUGUUACGUUGAAUUAUGAUUUUCUUUAAAUUUCUUUUUUUUCUCUACAAAAUACAGUACAAAGAAAACUGUGUAUCGGAUGGUUUAGAAUUGGUUGAUGAAAUUAACGGUAUAUAGUAACUAUAUACAUGUAGUGUUGUCAUCUAGGUCUGUAGACACUUUUGAUGUAUCAUUGAAAUAUACAGUUUAUAGUUCAUACAGAUGCAAGAACAUGGGGGUGUACGCUAAAACAUGUUUCAUUAUUUAUAAAAGUAACCAUGAUAAUAUUUUGUAUU